GGUGUGGCCUGCUAGUAGCUUCGGCCCGCGGCGACUGUACACUGUGCUCAUAUCAUGGUGUAUUGGUGAUAUUGUAUUAGGCGCGGCUAAUCCACAUACGAGUGCGUUUCACUGAUUCGGCUGCUGGGAGGAUUUAGGGAGUCUCAUUGCUGUGCCAGUGUGUGUGGUGAUAUCGCUUGUGCAUAUGAUUUCACCCCAUGAUUCCUUACACUGAGGCGCCUUACACUUCAUUUUAACUAAACGACCUCCUUUUACAAAGAACUGGUCCAUUUGAGUAGAACUGAGUGAAAUACCUGGAUCUCUACUUGUCCAGUGACGUAUUGAGGAGCUGGCUCUACAUUAGAAGACCUACUUGACCGCCCAGGUCACCAAAUAAGUGGUUAUUUCGUUGGUUCAUUCACCUACCUGAUGAAAUAAAUAAGGCUGAUUGCAAUGCUGGACCCUCCUGAUAACCACAUUGCUCAUGGCCAGUGCAAUCUCCUGGAUCAAUGAGAUCUCCUGUCUGACUUGGUUCCUAUCUGAACAAACAAUGAUCUUCUGAUUUAACAAGGAAUAUCUGAGAACAUAUUAGAGAAUGAUUUAUGCCAAGGAAGGCAUCGCUAAAGGUACACAAUGGGAGAGAUUGAAGGUACUUACCGUAUACUACAGACACCGGGCACCCGUCUGGGCAUGCAGAAGAAUGCUGGGAUAAACACCUUGGAACCUGGCCAGAACCUCAGUACAGCUUUCACCACAAAGUCCCAGAACUAUGAUUCUUACUGUAAUGUGUUGCUGCUGGACGGUAGCACCCUUCCUUUGGAAAUAGGGCCGAAGACCACAGGACAAGCCUUGCUGAGCCAGCUGUUCACUCAUCUCAAUGUGGUGGAGACAGACUACUUUGGCAUUGAGUUUGAGACCUCACAGUCACAGUGGGUCUGGUUGGAGCCUCUGAAAUCUGUUAACAAGCAGCUGCGCAGACCAAAAAAUGCCAAACUGCGCCUGGCUGUGAAGUUUUUCCCUCCAGAUCCUGGUCAGCUGCAAGAAGAAUAUACAAGGUACCUGUUUGCUCUGCAGAUCAAAAGAGAUCUUGAGGAGGAGAAGCUGGUCUGCUUGGAUAAUACAACAGCGCUGCUGAUUUCGCUGCUCUUGCAGUCGGAGAUCGGGGAUUAUGAUCAGAAAGUUGAUCAAGAGCAUUUGCAGAAUAUAUACUAUGUUCAGCGGCAGCACACCCUAGAAGAUCGGAUAAUGAAUUACCAUCAACAGCACAUUGGCAUUUCUCCUGGGGAUGCAGACUUUCAGAUCCUUGAGAUUGGUAGGAGGCUGGAUCUGUAUGGGACCCGUUUUUAUCAAGCUUCUGACCGAGAAGGUGCCAAAAUUAACCUGUCUGUGUCACAUAUGGGAGUGCUGGUUUUCCAGGGCAAUACAAAGAUAAAUACUUUCAACUGGUCAAAGAUUCGAAAACUGAGCUUCAAAAGGAGACGCUUCCUAAUAAAGCUGCAUCCAGAGGUUCAUGGUCCAUAUCAAGAUGCUCUUGAAUUUCUGAUUCAAAGUCGGGACACGUGUAAGAGAUUCUGGAAGAUUUGUGUGGAGUAUCAUAGCUUCUUUCGCCUUCAAGAUCAGCCCAAACCGAAAUCCAAACCAGUCCUGUUAAGCCGGGGUUCCUCUUUCCGAUAUAGCGGGCGAACACAGAAGCAGCUGAUUGAUUAUAUGCGAGACACAAGUGUAAAGAAACCAUCGUACGAGAGGAGACACAGCAAAGCCAGAGUUUCCCCUUGCACUGCGAUCCCUGACCCUCCAAAGCAGAUCCUCACUUUCACUGAGAGUUUGAAGACUCCUUUAUCGUCUUCCCCACCCACCCAACCCCCUCAUUCAUUUUCCAGUGUAACUGUGCCAUCGCCUCAGAAGAACAUGCCUAGAAAUGAUAAUGCUGUGUCAUCUCGACUGCAGGAAGACCCUGUCGGGAAAGCUGCAGAAGAUUCCACACUACCGAUGCACUCAUCAUUACCAGGUCUUAGCCCCCAUCCUACCCCUUUCUUGAGUAGUGAGCAGGAUUCAGAUAGAAUCCGUGAUACAGAUAGCGACCCUCAGAAUGAGAAUGUUAGGUUAUGGGUGUCAGGAGUCUCUGAUCCUUUCCUCCCAACAGAAGAAUACAUAGAUGAUGAUCUGGCUGAUAUAUGCUUUGGUGGAGGGGCAGAGCUGUAUGAUUAUGGUGGGGAUGUGUUACCAUCUGUUGAUGAGGACCAUUCAAUGGAAGAGUAUUACCUUAAGGAGGAAGAUGAAAGUGACUUCAAUGGCAACUCAAGGCCCACGGAUGCUAAUGAGUUAUUUCAAGUGAAAGCUCAGGCAAGUUUGAUGCAAAGUCUGUUGAACCCUUCAGAGAGCAGCUCCCUUGUUCAGCAUCGUUCAGAGUGCAGCUCAUUGCUCCACCAUCACUCCGAAAGCAGCUCCCUUUCCAAUCUCAAUGGGAUGCCUCCUUUUUCCCGCUCUGCCAACCACUCCACUGCUAGUUCCAUGAUCAACUUCCCAGCCUGCUCUGUGAGAUCUGAAUCUAGCUCUGCAUUCCAGUUUGGUGACAUCUUGGACCAACUGGAGCAGCUCAGUUACCCCCCAACAACAACGGAGGACUCCAGCAGCUCCAAUGGCGACUCGUGGGACUCUGAUGGGGAGCCACCCCUUGACAUAAACUUAUUCUUCAGCAAUCCUCUGACAAAUUAUCACGCAAAUUUAACCCAGCUUGGGAUGCCAGAUAAGAAGGAACUAACCGAUCCCUAAAAUAAUGAAGGGCUUUCCAUAAAAGCACAUGAAUACACAGUCUCUCUUUCUGGAAUAUUGCUAUCUGUUCUGUACAAGGGUACAACAACUAGAUUAUUUCUUUUAAUGUCAUUUACUGUGUGCACCGACAUGGUACUUUGUAAAUCCCGAAGCAUGAAAUAUUGCAGGCUGAGCAUGUCCUAGUUUGCAGCUCAUUACUGCUAUAUAAAUGCUUGCCUUCAUGGUCUUUCACCCUCUA